GCGCAGGCAAUCAAACGCGUACAACCGACGCCGUUGCCCUCCUAUCUGCCUUCUCUCCCUGUGGGUGUUUGAAGAGGCCGCCUUCUGACGUUUUGGUAUCAUGUGAAUGGUUGAGUUCCCAUGGUUCAACUUGAGCUUGCCUUGCCCCACCCCAUCUCGAUCCCUCUUUUUCGUUCCCCUUCCUCUAAGAUUUCAAUAUUAAAAUAAUAACACGUCCCGGAGAAAUCCGAGAGAGAGAGGAAGGAAGAUAAAAUAGGGGGCGAAAAGAAAAGGCUCCUUCUUAUAGAAGAGUUAUUUUCGUUUAGAGGGGAGGAGAUCAAAUUUGCUUUCCCCCCCUCUCCCCCCUCCUUUUUACCCGUUUGCUCCCCGCGUUUGCUGGAGAAGCCAAAAAGGAUUCAGCAGUAUGGAAACCUAACGUGAAGGGGAGGGAGGGGGGGGAAGCGAGAGCAGCGAACGACAGAGGGCCUUGGAUUAGAGCAACCACCAUUAAGGGAGGAAAAAGCGACAACCACCGCCGCCGCAUAUCGAGAGAAGGAAGAAAAAUCUGCCCAGCCCAGAAAGGAAAGCGGGGACUCAUUUUGCCAGCCAGCAGCCGAACGGUUGGCUUUGACCCCUUCGGGCGCUUCACCCUUUUUUGGAGAGGCGGUGUGCGCGCGUUGGAAAGGGGGAAGCCAGGAAGGAGAAGAGCCAGCGAGGAAAGAGCAGAAGCAGCAAAGAAAGAGAGAAGAAGAAGGGGAAAAGGAGCGAGGACGAGAGACAUUUCUAGAUUUCUCCGUGCCCAGGAUUUGGGGAGGUUUCUCUGGAGCGCGCUGCCUUGGAUCUGAAGGAGGAUUACAUAUAUAGAAACAGAGACGCCUCUUAAUAUUAUUAUUAUUUUGCCCUCCCCACCAUUGGAGGUGGCGUGGAAACUGGAGAUAUCGAUAUUUUAAAAAACCGAAUUUUUGCUGCUGCAUGGUUUGGAGGGUGGGGGGAGAAGGAGGCAAGGAGGAGGAGGCAGCUUUUUAACCCGUGAUCCUGCGGAAAAUCCCCCCCCCAUUUUUUUGGUGGCUGCCAACCUCCCUCUGUACCCUAUUUCCGUCUAUUUCUAUUUCUCCCCCCCCCCCAUUUCUGUCCUUUCUUUAAAAAAAAGAGGAUCUGCACUGCGAGAGUAUAUCUUGCCGAGGUGUGUGGUGGGGGGAGGAGGUGGAGGCCCAGCUUGAGCAGUAGCAAAGUCAUCGCUCUCAUCCCCCUCCCCCAACCCCGUAGUAGCACCCUCCAUGUCUUUGGGCAGCGGCAGCUGUAAAAUAAAAUAAAAAGGGGGGGAAGGAGAUAGGUUUCCCCCCCCAAGAAACACAGCCGCCUUCUCUCCAGCUAGCCCCUAUUGCUUCCUGCUCCACUCCCUUUUCCUCUCCCUCCUGCGGUCCCCCCUUCCCCCCCCGGCCUUCCCCCCCUUUCCUUCCCCUUCCCCCCCUUUCCAUUCCGCCCCCCAAGAUGGGCUGUUUAGGGAACAGCAAGACUGAGGAUCAGCGCAACGAAGAGAAGGCGCAGCGAGAGGCCAACAAGAAAAUCGAGAAGCAGCUGCAGAAGGACAAGCAGGUCUAUAGGGCCACGCACCGGCUCCUCUUGCUGGGUGCUGGUGAAUCUGGUAAAAGCACAAUUGUCAAACAAAUGAGGAUCUUGCAUGUGAAUGGAUUUAAUGCUGAGGAGAAAAAAAUGAAAAUUCAGGAUAUUAAAAACAAUAUUAAAGAAGCUAUAGAGACAAUAGUGACAGCAAUGGGAAACCUGGCACCUCCAGUUGAGCUAGCCAAUCCAGAGAAUCAGUUUCGAAUUGACUACAUACUAAACUUAGCAAGCCAGAUAGAUUUUGACUUCCCACCAGAUGGAGGAUGUCCAAGAGCCAUUAAUGCACUGCUCUAUACAGCAUUCUGUGGCGCUGAAGAGAAUGAGGAGUUCUAUGAACAUACAAAAACACUUUGGCAAGAUGAGGGUGUGAAAGCCUGCUACGAGAGAUCUAAUGAAUAUCAGUUGAUCGAUUGUGCACAGUAUUUUCUAGACAAGAUUGACAUAGUCAAGCAAAAUGAAUACACACCGUCUGACCAGGAUCUUCUUAGAUGCAGAGUUCUGACAUCAGGAAUAUUUGAAACCAAGUUUCAGGUGGACAAAGUAAACUUCCACAUGUUUGAUGUUGGUGGGCAAAGAGAUGAACGCCGAAAAUGGAUCCAGUGUUUUAAUGAUGUGACCGCUAUCAUAUUUGUGGUGGCCAGCAGUAGCUACAAUAUGGUUAUACGAGAGGACAAUCAGACCAACCGGCUUCAAGAAGCAUUAAACCUUUUCAAGAGUAUCUGGAACAACAGGUGGCUACGGACCAUUUCAGUAAUUCUUUUCCUGAACAAACAGGAUUUGCUAGCAGAGAAAGUAUUGGCAGGGAAAUCUAAAAUUGAAGACUACUUUCCAGAAUUUGCUCGUUACACUACACCAGAUGAUGCAGCAACACCUGAACCUGGUGAGGAUCCUAGAGUUACAAGGGCCAAGUAUUUUAUUAGAGAUGAAUUUCUUAGAAUCAGCACAGCAAGUGGAGACGGAAGGCACUACUGCUAUCCUCACUUCACAUGUGCAGUGGAUACAGAAAACAUUCGGAGGGUUUUCAAUGACUGCCGGGACAUUAUCCAACGGAUGCACCUUCGUCAAUAUGAGUUAUUGUGAUGGAGAGCACAUUUUCCUCUGUUUUGGACUCCUUAUUCCUUAUUAAAAAGAAAAAACCCACAUAGGGUGGAAGAGAACUGUUGCAAUCUCCCUCUGAUUUGCAUCCCUCAACCUUUUCUCCUUGCUGGACAAAUAGAAGCACUUCUAAGCUUGCUUAUUUCACCCCCUUGGAACAGUUUGAGACGGCCCAUGAAAUGUAAAUGGCCAUUUCUACGAACAGGGGGAGGGUUUCUCUUAACACUGUCAUUAACAAAAAAUAAUAACACCCUGAAGGUGGAACACCUGAGAGUAUUUGGGAUUAAAGUUAAAUAUUAAAAAGCAAACAGAAAGAGUACAGGAGAGAGAACUUUAGGCAAUUAGCACUGUUGUGGGCAUAAUCAUAUAUCCCGUGAUUUCAACUUUGUAUCCAUUCACUGCAUCAGACUCAAGAAGGUGCCAAGUCACAGACCAAGUUGAAAGGACAGGUGCUUGAGUUUGGUUCUCUGCCUCAGAAUGUGACUUUGAGCGGAAAUACUGACAAGUCUACAACAAAACUAGACAGUAGUAAAGCAACUGCUACCUUCAGAAAGGUGUUGUUGAACCAUGACGGUCUUAAGGUGACCGGGGACAUUGCUAAAUGAACUGCAUUAUGGCCUGUGAUUGCAGAAAGAGUUAACCACACACUGUUUUCAGUUUGUCCACUGAUGAUCCUGUCUGCUAUAAAAAAAAAAUCAUUAUCUGGACUGUAGUCCUUACAAUCUUCCCUUCUUUCUCUUUACCUUCUCCUAUUCCCUCCUCAUACCUCUUUCUUCCCAUUUUUUAUUUUACUGCUGGAUUAUUAUUCUUGUACAGACUGUAAAAUGUAUUAUUUUGUACAACUUUAUUGAAAAAAAUAACUUGUAGAAGAUCUUUGUGCCUUGAUUAUGGCUGUACCUGUGCAAUGAGCUAAGAUGUAAGUAUGUUUGAUUGCGCUGUACAGCUUUGUCAACCCUAUCAGCAGCAUUCGCUCAAGGUAGGGAAAAUUUAUCUGUAGUUUAGGGUUUUUUUCUGGUUUAUAAAGAAGGAGGAAAAAAUACUGUUUAGUAUAAAAAAGUACAAAUCGUGCAAACGUAACCACUUUAAAAGUGAGGUCUACAACAAGUGGCCAGAUGUUGCAGCAUCAUGCUUUUUAAUUUUUAGCUUUAACUCAUUUAAAUCUCUAUCCAAAUGCAAAACAUGGCUUGUUUCUACAUAAACCAAAUUUUGCUACAAAUUAUAAA